UGUUAUUCAAAACUGUAUUUGUCCUUGAUGAUAAGAUUAAUUAUCAUUAAGUAUCAGCGUCUUUCUCUUAUCAAACUUCACCAUAUUCUUACAUGCACACAGAUACUAUUCCUGCUAUUUUUCUUGCAACCUAAAUUAGGAUUUUCCAAGCUCCAAACUACACUGAUUGUUGCUAAUUUUAGCAGUUUGAAACUGUAUAAAUCCCGGCAUGAUUAUUAGACACGCUUUGCACAUUAAAAAAAAGGAGGUGUGAGAGGUUGGAGGGGGGAAGGAAAAAGUCUUGUGGUUUUAUGGGUGAUGAUUGGUUGGAGGCACAGAAAAUGGGAGGGGCCUCAGUGCUGCUGUUUCUGUAGACAGAGGCAGAAGGAGGGAGGCAGUGUGAGAAAGAGAGACGGCAGAGCAGGACAAAUGAACACAGAGGGGGUUCUCCCAGCAUCGGUAUGCCUGCCUUUAGGAUUUCAUCUCUAGACAAAGUUGCUGCUCUUAACGCCGGAAACAGACCCAUGGCAGUGUUUUACUCCACCUUUGGGAGGACUGGAUUUGGACUUCUUUAACCCCACAUACCACCGACUCGGUAACGGCUUACGGUAUUCUGCUGGGAUCUUACGGCAAAGGACCAGAGAGAAGCCGAUGGAAGCUCGGUAAAAGAAGCAGAAGAGCCAAAAAGAAGAGGAAAAGUGGAUUGAAGGACAGAAAAAUGAGCUGAUUAUGCUUAAUCAUUGCCACAGUAUAUGUAUGCAGCUCAUUAAACAGUGACUUUUCUCUGGACGCCGUUUCACUGACUUGAUGGACUACAAAUUGAUAAGAGCUGCCGCCUGCCAUUUCUGCAUUUGCAUCUGACGUUGAAGACAUCCCAAAAUUAAUAAGAGUCACAUUUUCUGGCAGUUUUCUUCCUCUGUGCCUUCACCUGAAAACACUCCAGACGAAGGUUUUUACCUUACUCGUACUGUAAUUUUGCCAGCUUUAAGCGCAAUUCCAGCGAACCCUCUCUCACCUUUAUCUGUCCUUUCCAUCCUUCCCAGGUUCAAAAGGAGCAUGGAGAUGUUUGUUUGAACUGAAACCAAGCUGCUGAUAAAACCAGCAGGCUACCAGACUGAAUAGUGGCUUUUUGGAUUUAUCGUACCCUUUAAGGGCCCCUUUUAUGUGUUGUUUUUUUUUUUUUUUACUGCCUGAGAUCAUGAAUUCCUCCCUGGAUCCACUGAACCAAAGCUCGCCGGACUUAAAUUUAUCUGCUCCCUUCUGCUUACUUGAAAUAGGCUAUUCCCAAAUUUUCAGCACCUGCCUCCUUGAAGUGUCCGUCAUCCUCCUCCUCACUAUCCUUAUCAUCUGCGGCAACCUGGUGGUGAUCUUCGUGUUCCACUGUGCCCCGUUGCUCAGCCAGCACACCACCAGUGCUUUUAUCCAGACCAUGGCGUAUGCAGAUCUGCUCGUGGGGGUCAGCUGCCUCUUCCCGUCGCUGUCUCUGCUCCACCAUCUGCAGGGCCUGGACCCCAAACUGACCUGCCAGGUGUUUGGGUACAUGGUCUCAGUUUUGAAGUCUGUUUCGAUGGUGUCUCUGGCGUGCGUGAGCGUCGACCGCUACAUCGCCAUCACGCGGCCUCUGACUUAUUCAUCUCUCGUCACGCCUUGUCGGGUGCGCUGCUGCAUCGUUCUAAUAUGGCUAUACUCUGCCUUGGUGUUCCUCCCGUCCUUCCUGGGUUGGGGGAAGCCCGGCUAUCACGGCGACGUGGUCGAGUGGUGCGCGGUCGAGUGGAGGACUAGUCCCGCUUUCACGGCCUUCAUCGUUGCGCUGCUCUACGCCCCAGCCGCCCUGACGGUCUGCUUCACGUACGGCAACAUCUUCAAGAUCUGCAGACAGCACACCCGGGAGAUCAGCGAGCGCCACGCUCGCUACAGGCCCCAGCAGCAGCAGCAGCAGGGCCCCAGAACGACUGUGGGAUCGGGGAUGAAGGAUUGCACCCCAGUGGAGCAAGGCCAGCUUCCCCAGUCGUCCCAAUCGCAAAAGCUCCAGCACCACCAACCUCAGUAUCAGCAGUCAACAUACCCAGACAAGCGAUACGCUAUGGUAUUGUUUCGCAUAACCAGUGUUUUCUACAUCCUCUGGCUGCCUUACAUCCUCUACUUCCUGUUUGAGAGCGGAGGGAUAUACCACCACCCGGCGGCCUCGUUUCUCACCACGUGGCUGGCCAUCAGCAACAGCUUCUGCAACUGUCUCAUUUACAGCCUCUCCAACUCGGCGUUCCGAAAGGGGCUCAAGCGCCUCUGCUCCUUCUGUCUGCGGCGCAGCGGCGACGGCGGCUUUGGAGUCGGGAACACCAAGAAGCCGUUUGUCGGCUCUCUCGAAAAAGGAUGCGCAAAGCAGUGGUAUGGAUAUGACAACGAGGACUUGAGAGUUGGCACAACAUGUCAUGUGUAGUUCAAAUGAAGAAUGAAACACUGGUGUCAGGAUUACCAUUUGAGCUAAAAUGCCCAAAGUGACUGCUCUCAAAAUCUUUUAAAAUGUGCUUUUAAGAGAUUGAAGAAGGUAUUGUUCUGUUGCUGCUAUUUCUCGCUCUCCCUUGAUGAGCCACAUCUGGCAAAGGCAAAGAAUAUAAGAGUCGAAAGCAUUGCAGUUUGCAAUAAAAAGGGGCCCUAUUGGCCCUAAAAGGUGUUUUUCUUUCUUUUAAUGAUGGAAACACAGGUCGAUAUGCACGGGGGGCUGAUAGAUGAAGUGUUCUGGUAUGAAGACGGUCUGUGUGUCCUUUUUGUGGGAGGAAGUCCUUUUGAUCAAAAGGUUGAACACAAUGUUUAUCUACUGAUGCUGUUUUAGUUUGGAGCCAAAUACUCAACUUGUCUUUGCCCAAACCAGAACUAGAACGUUCUCAUGAAAAGUUUUACGGGCUUCUUCUGGAGUAACGUGACCUUCGUCGUCAACACAAUUUGUGUCGCAUUCAGCCAACCCUUGAUGGGUCCGGUCAAGAGGCUGAUGGGAUUUAGUGAGACUGUGCUGAGUACAGCGACCAGAGACAAACUGAGCUUUUCACUAAAUGUUAUUUAUUGAUGUUGUUAAAAUGUCUGUUGAAUUUGUGGGUUUGCACACUGCACCUGUCUGUUUAAAAGGACCUAGUUUUGGUGUACGAUUGCUCAACUGACAAAAAUCAAAUGUAGGGUUCAGUGAUAUGGACAAAAGAGCCACAAUCCAAUAAAUAAGUCGUUAAAUGAAAUAAAUUCUAGUUCUUAAAUAAUCAAUUGUUUAACAGUUUAAUUGAUGUUGUCAAAAUCUAUAAAUAAAUAUUUAGUAAUAAUCUUUUUGUUUUGUUUUUAUGCUGCAGUCCAUUAUGAUACAAUCAAAGUAUCAAAGUAAUUAUACAAGUAAAUACAAUUAAAAAAAUUAAACACAUUUAAGAAUAGAUCUUUGAUUGAAAAUAUUUAGUGAUUCAUUACAUUAAUAAUUGUAUUAUUUAUUCAAUAUUUGUACGUUAAAUUGAUGCUUUAUACUGAUUGGUCAGAAGUUGAUCUGCAUCAAACCAAUCAAAUCUUAGGGUCUCCUUAACGAGCCACAGUGACAAUUAUGGUGGACUGUAUCACAUUGAUUAUGAUUUUUUUUUUAUGUAUAUUGAAAUAGUUUUUACAUAUUUUAAUAUAAAAUAAAAGAACAUUUCAUUUGUAUUAUUUCUAAAUUUAAUUUAGUAAUGUAUUAAAUACAUUUCAUAUGUAAACAAUUAUAGAUAAAUGUGUUAAGUUAUUUAAAGAAUUUGUUUCCAGUUGCUUUUUGAAAUAAGCUUGCACCUAUGCUUAAUUACUUAUUUAUUUGAUUGUGGCACUUCUAUAAAAUUUGCAUAUUUACCAGUUUUGUUGCACCUUAUUUUUUAUGUAGCAUAACGUGUUUUCAAGACCAAGAAAGCAUAUUAUUUCCCCGUCUUUUGUAUUCAGAUGUUUUGAGGUCUUUUAUUCAGAGGUAUAGCAGGGUUCCUACACUGGCUGGAAAAGUCUUUUAUUGGUAUACAUACAUAAUGGAAAAAGAAAAUGUUAUAAAUGAUUGCAUUUUAUUAUCUAUUUCCAUGUCACAUUGUCUAAAUGUGCCGUCCGUCUGUUCUUACAGUCUGUGGGUGCCUUUAGGGUUUGUAUUUAAAGCCGGACCUUGAUUAAAUAUGUGCAGUUAAUUGGAAAACCAAGUUUGAUUGCUAAUUUUAUUUAGAUUAGGAUUUAUCAUUGUUCACAUACAAUGAUAUGUAAUGAUUGAGUACAUUUGAGUUUGUAAAAAGAAAGGGCCCCAAACUGUGGUUAAACAGUUUGGGAUGCUAUUAAUUUAGAUGGCCAACCUUUAUAGUUGACUCACAACGUUCGUCUAAAGAAUUUAGAAGAGAGGAAGCAUCUUAAGAGAAUCUGGACCUAUAUGGUUGUGAAAGUAUGCAAAAGAAUUUGAGCAUUGGUGUGAGACUUGAAGAUUUGUGUGCAUGUUAGUGGCGUCUUGUUUUUGUGCAUUGAUAUCUAAAAGAAAUCGUUGAAAGACUUUAAAGUGAGCCUAAUUGUACUUUUCCACGUGUAAAGUUGUGUGUUUUUAAACUUUCGGGUCUUGUGUUAAUUUAAGAACAAACAUUCCUUAGCUUUAUAUCUCGUCUGCAGUAAUGUGCCAAAGAAAGUCUGUUGUAUUUUCGACGUUUCUUUUCCUCCUAAACGUAAUACCUGCUAUAUGACUGAGUUUACGCAACGAUAUUAUGAACUGUCUACUGCACUGUGUCGCCUAUGUGAUGCCUUGUGUGCAUGUCUACAACUGUUUCCAAGUAUAAAGUUGCCUUUAUUUAAAAACUAAUAACAGUGCGUUGACUGUUGAGAAAGUAGUUUUCUCUAACAGCAAGUGAGGGCUAAAUUAAAGGGCAUGUGACUGUUAUUAGAUUAUUCAGUUUCAGAGGCAAAGCUUAGCUUCACUCUGUUGGUAGCUGAGGAAGUGAAAUUUUCAGUGUUCCUUCAGCUUUUCAAAGCAGUUGACACUUUUUUCUUAAACAAAAAAAAAAAAAAGUAAAUGAACCAAUCAAACGGUUUAACUUCUAUCAUGAGCUUGUGUUUCCCACGCGAUUGAACCGCAGCGGAGAUGAUGAAUGUGUGCAGAUAUGCCGAGACUCGGCCAUUGGCUAGAUUCUGACUGUUUAAUGUCUUUUGGUCUCUGUGUUGGUCUCAUUUCUAGUAGGGCCUUGAAAUAAUUAGCCGUUGUUUCGUUUGUAAAGCAUUCUGAAAUAGUGCAACCAUUCCUGUCUGUACCAUCUUCUGUGCUGCUGUCUUAUUAUUUCCCUGUUCAUAGAAAUAACUGGCCGAAAGUUUAUCAGAGGAUAUUUAUAGAUUUCUUUGUUUCGGUCACCAUGCUCAGUUUGUUCCUCUGAAGUGAUAAAUGUUGUGCAGCCUACACGGUUUUGUGGCGUUUCUACUUCAAGCAUGGUCAUUUUUGAUCCUUUUAGUUUGGAACGAUUCUGUACAAUAGCAGCUCAUUUCACGGUCCCUUUUUAAAACAAUACAUGUUUGAAGACAAUCCAUGAUGCCGAAAAGUUUUCCCCUUGGUCACAUACACUCAUUCCCUUCUUCCUGUGGGGAAAACAAUCAACUUACGUGUUCUCACGGGAAUGACACUGAUGGCUGGGAGGAAAUUUCCAUGCCCUGGUUGGUUAAAAUAAUGAAAAAAAA